CUAGUUGGGAGGCCGAAAGGCAUCCAGCAUAGGCCGCCUCGCCUAAGUUCGGGUCUUACUUAACUUUUGGGCCUGACCUGACCAUCUCUCGGGGCCCUCUCUCUCCUAAGUGGUACUGGGCCUGGGGUUCAGGCCAGCUUCCCUAUUAGUGGCCACUAGUUGGUUGGGCCUGUUGCCUUUCGGGUGUGGUGGUGCUUCAGGGAGCGGGGUGAUCCCACUUCGUCGAACUCAGUUGUUUUACUUUGGCCUUGCUAGUUACCAGACAUGCCUCCCAAGAAGGCCUGGGGUAAGACUGGGGGUCAGCCAACUAGGCCUUCUCACCAACCCGUCCCCCAGCCCUCUUCCUCUGAUGAGGAUGAUGUGGACAUGGCCCAAAUUAGGGGCCUUAUUCAGCAGACGGAGGCGCUGGAGCAGGCCAAGAAGGAUCUCUCAGAUAAAGGGGCGGGUCCAUCCGGUGUGCCCACCAGGCCUGUUAAGCGGACCAGGGGGGCUGUUAAAGCACAGCUGUUGAAGUCUCUGUCUGAUAGGCUUUCAUCUCUGUAGAGCGGAGCAAUGCCUGUCAAGCCGGUCGAUGAAGGGGAUCCUUCCCGUUUGGAGCCAAGCGGUCUGGCCAGUCCUGUGCCUGUGGAAGUGCCAACACCUGUCCCAACAGUGCCUGCCGAUCCCAGUGGAGGGAGCGAUUUCACUCCAGCUGGUUCUUGCACAGUUCCAUGGAAAAUGGCCCUAGAACCUCUACUACCACAUCCAGCCAAAUGAAUUCAAGUACGGAAGAAGGACAAGGAAAUUGGGGAGAUUCACCAAACAGAGGGCAAAUGAUGUUUACCAGAGAAGUCAUUGCAAGGGAGUCCAGCUGUACCACCACGUCUUCUAACUCAUCUAUGCCAGCUAGAAAGAGCAUGCUAAAAACCAUAUGUGACGUUCCCUGCCUUAUAAUAGUGGCUAUUAUCUGUCUCCCAGAAUACUUAGUAAAAGCUGUUAUCUAUUUACGAGACCUGAUCACCAUGGAGAACUGCGUGAAGAGUUUAAAGUGCUUGUUAAUAAUAGUCCCAAUUGUUUGUGGUGCCAUUUACUGUUCAUGUUUAUGCAUGAGAUUAUCAGAUGGUUUGUCAUCAAAGGAGCUCACACAGCUGUAUGAAACUGAGCUGAAAUCACUGUGGCAGUCACAGGUCUUGCUAGAAGAACAAAUCCAUGAAAUCCAAGGCCUUAAAAAGAAGACAAGUCAGCUGCAUUCUGAGAUCAACAGAAUCAAUGAAGGCAUCCUGCAGUCUGUGAAGCAAAUCCUAGAGGAGAGUGACAUCCCAGGAGACAACAAAAACCAAGUGCUUGCAAUGAUCAAUUUGGCUUUUAAGAAGAUUUAUGAGGAUCAUGUACAAAUGGCUGACUGGGCUCAAAAAACAAUAGGAGCCACCAUUGAUACAGACAGGUCAUCUAAGACUUAUGAACCUGAGAAUGCGUAUAAUUGCUGGUUUAGUUCAUGGUUCAUGUCUUCAGCAAAGCCCCCUGAUACUAUCCUACAGCCAGAUGUUUACCCUGGAAACUGCUGGGCUUUCCAAGGAUCUGAAGGCCAUGUAGUAGUUAAACUGCCAGAAAGAAUCCAGCCAGUAGCUGUUACAGUCCAGCACAUCUCCAAAACAAUCUCACCUUCUGGAGGAGUCAGUAGUGCCAUGAAGGACUUCUCGGUUUAUGGGAUAGAUGAUGCAACAGAACAAGAAGCUCUACUGGGAACAUUCAUGUAUGACAUUGAGAAAGAAGCCAUUCAGACAUACCAGUUGAAGAAUGAACAUUCAAAACCCUUUCUGUACAUAAAGUUCAAGGUGAAGAGUAACUGGGGCAACCCAGAGUUUACCUGCAUUUAUCGAGUCAGGGUGCAUGGGAAGAUGGCCAACCUGGUGGACCCUUUGAAUCAAGGCAGGGUGUGAACCUCUUCCAAGGUGAAUAAAGGAAAACAGGGAGGAAAUAAAGGCAUACAGGAAAACAGCAAUAUCAACACCCAUCAUACUGAGCAAACUGAAAGAGCACAUGAAGCACUGCUUUUUCCUGGGGGAGGGAAGUGGGGAGGGGGGAGUAUGGAUGGGGAGGAAGGGAGGAGUCAUAAUUAUGCCAAGACAUUUCAAGCCUACAGAUUUUGAUCACGUGAAGACCUCUCUGAGGUCUGCCCAGGAAACAGAGGAUGAAGAAGAGAAUGGCAGGUGAACUUUCAAUUAGAUCAGUGCAAAGUCAUGAUAUUGGGAAACUGAUCUUAGUCAAAUGGAUAUUUUUGAUCCUGUCCUCAGGGUGGGUGGGUGAAUGUCAGUGAGCACCCAAUAAAGAUUUCUGUCCAGA